AUGUUCCUUAUAGCCUAUCAUUCUGGAUCACAGAAGGCCUUCACACAUGGCUGGCGUGGCAAGACAAGCGCCGUCUCCACUACCGCCGCGGGGUUACAUCGCCCAACACGACAGUCUACGUGCCACCGAGCCGCGACCCCCUGGAAGAAGGCAAACCUAACCGCCACGACCGCUUCUUCGGCAAGACGCUCGACCACGCCGAGCGCAUCCCCCGCCCUGUCUGGCCUUCUUACGCAACACCCCCCAAAGCGGCACCAGCAGCAGCAGCAACAACAGGCAGACGGCAGCGCCCGCGGCCCCGCCAUCCCGCAAGUCUCGGUCCUCUUCGCCCUCGGCCCCGGCAUGGCAGGCUACCCGGCCGUGCUGCACGGCGGCGUGACGGCGCUGCUCUUCGACGAGCUGCUCGGCAUGCUGGGCGAGCGCAACCGGGACCUCGGGCGCGGCGACGCCAUCUUCACGAUGAAGCCCGCGACGGCGACCAUGAACGUGCGGUACCUGCGGCCGAUCGCGACGCCGAGCGUCGUGCUGGGCGUCGGCACCAUUGCGUCCAUUACCGGGCGCAAGAUGCUGCUGCGCGGCGAGAUCCGGGACGCCGAGGGCAAUGUCGUGGCGACGUGCGAGUCGCUCUGGGUCGCCAUGGCUGGGAGGGAGAAGGAGAAGCUCUAG